AUGCGGCUGCCGGAGCUGUGCCUGGCGCUGCUCUACGCUGCCGGCACCGGCGCCGAACCCCCGCGGGCAGCCCGGGAGCGGCCGCUGGCGCCGGGAGCAGCCGCGGGACCCGGCGUGGAUCCCCGGCAGGCGUGGAUGCUGCUGGCCGGGAGCCCCGGGAGGGCGAGUGGCGAUCGGGGCCGCGGCGGGACCGGGGCUCACACGGCCCCGGCUGCUGCCGGCUCUCCGGGAAAAGCAAGCUCGGCUGCCCCGGCCUCCCCCAGGAUGCCGGAGGAGCUGCUGAGCGAGCUGCAGCUCCUGCUCAGAGGCGUGGCAAAGAGGAGCAGGACAGCUGGGGAAGGGUGUAAGGAGGAGAAAAGCAGCAAAGGCAACCCCGAGGCCGGGGCCCGGCAUCGUGUGGAAGCAGCUUUCCAUUGCCAAACGUGUGAAGAUAUUGCUGUGGAGCAGAAGGUGUGGCAGGAGCUGGGGUCGUUCUACAUUCCUGAGAGGGAGGGGAUGUUCCACCGUGGCGCAGGGCUGAACCUGACGAGCGGGCAGUACACAGCCCCCAUUGCAGGAUACUACAGCUUCACCACCACGCUGCACAUCGCCCGCAGGGAGCCGCGGAGGAAGGGGCAGGGAUGGCGACAGAGCCGCCUGCGGGUGCUCAUCUGUGUGCAGUCCCGCUGCCGGCACAACAGCCAUUUGGAGACUGUAUCUCGGCUGGAUAGCAGCAGUGACCCCUUCACCAUCUCUGUCACGGGCACCCUGUACCUGCAGGCUGGGCAGUAUGCCUCUGUUUUUGUGGACAACACGGCAGGCUCUCCCCUCACAGUUCGAAGUGGCUCAGAUUUCAGUGCUGUUCUGCUGGGAGUGUGAAGAGGCACCGUGCUGAACCUGUGCCAGGAGCAGCCAGACCCUUCCCUCUGCCAGCCACCAUGGUGUCUCCCCUGCUCAGCACCAAGCCUAAGGAAUUGCAUUUGCUCAUGCAAGAACUGCAGUCUGGUCUGAUACUGCUCAUGCUGCAGAAACAGCUGAAGAUGGACAAAAGAUCAUGAAGAAGAUGAUGAUAAUGAUGAUA